UAUCACAUGAUUUGAGUGGGCGGGUUUUGAGUUUUCCGACACGAAACUGGGCCCAUAUCAACUCAGCACGCCGCUCCAAAGCUCUCCCUGAGCCCUGGUCGUCAGCAUGUGCACCGGAGCCUGUUCCAAGUUCGUGGCCAUCUCGCUCUACCCGCUGGCCGUAGUGUCCAUCAUCUGCAACAUCAUCCUCUUCUUCCCUGACUUCAGCAAUAAAUACGCAUCCGAAGAUGGAGAGAAUACCCCCCGUCUCACCGAGGAGGUCAAGUACAUGGGUGGGCUGAUCGGAGGAGGAAUCAUGGCCCUGAUCCCAGCCAUCCACAUCCACCUGACCAGUGCCGACAAGUGCUGUGCCAACCGCUGUGGGAUGUUCCUGUCCAUUGGCUUUGCAGCACUGGGCAUGGCUGGCGCCGUCUACAGUCUGAUUGUGGCAUCACUGGGGCUGUCCAAUGGUCCCACGUGUUUAUGGUCCAACGCAGGCAUCGAACAGUGGGGAACACCCUUUACCAACAGCAAUGGGAGUUACCUGGGCGACAAGGAGAUGUGGAAGUGGUGCAUAGAACCAAAGAACGUGGUGGAGUUUAACGUGGGCCUGUUCUCCACUCUGCUCGUGACCUCCAUCCUCCAGCUCGGCCUCUGCGGCGUCCAGAUGGUCAACGGGCUCUUCGGCUGCCUCUGCGGAACCUGCGGCGGAGACAAAGAGUGAACGGAGCGCCCCCUGGUGUAGAAAGACAUCUGCCGGCCUGAAGAACAAGCCACCCAUCACGUUUUUUUUUUUUUUUUUUUUUUCUUUUUCCUCAAAUGCAUUACAAAACAUAAGCUUUUUACCCAUAAUUCACCGCUGUGUUCGACAUAGUCCUGACGUCGCUACAGUUGAAUAGUUAAAUGCACUCCACGUCAAUCAAACGCUGAAAACUCUACAAACGA